CUACAGUCUCACGCUCCCACCACAGCAGCGCCCGGUUCCUCAAAAUCUCUCUCAUCCGCAAUUUGGUGAUGUUUGAGAUUCUUUGAGCUUCUAAAACCGAUGACAGCUCUUUAUUAAACUAACAAAUGUCCCAGAAGUGAGCGGGCUUCUGUAGAUCAACGAUAAAAGCGGUCAAGGAAGGCGCAAACAUGUCGGCCAGCGCUGUUUAUGUGUUAGAUCUGAAGGGGAAGGUCCUGAUCUGCCGUAAUUACCGCGGUGAUGUGGACAUGUCCGAGAUCGAGCAUUUUAUGACCCUACUGAUGGAUAAAGAGGAGGAGGGCACGCUGUCGCCCAUCCUGGCUCACGGUGGAGUUCGUUUCAUGUGGAUUAAACACAACAACCUGUACCUUGUUGCAACAUCCAAAAAGAAUGCUUGCGUCUCCCUGGUUUUCUCCUUCCUCUACAAAAUUGUUCAGGUUUUCUCUGAAUACUUUAAGGAGCUGGAGGAGGAGAGUAUCAGAGAUAACUUUGUCAUUAUCUACGAGCUGCUGGAUGAACUCAUGGACUUCGGAUACCCUCAAACUACUGACAGCAAGAUCCUUCAGGAAUACAUCACGCAGGAAGGUCACAAGUUGGACACAGGAGCUCCGCGGCCCCCUGCGACUGUAACCAACGCCGUCUCCUGGAGGUCAGAGGGCAUCAAGUACAGGAAAAACGAGGUUUUCCUGGACGUCAUCGAGUCUGUCAACCUCCUGGUCAGCGCGAACGGUAACGUUCUUCGCAGUGAGAUCGUUGGCUCCAUUAAGAUGAGAGUGUUCCUCUCAGGAAUGCCGGAGCUGCGUUUGGGUCUGAACGACAAGGUUCUGUUCGAGAACACUGGCCGUGGUAAGAGUAAAUCCGUGGAGUUGGAGGAUGUGAAGUUUCAUCAAUGUGUGCGUUUGUCUCGAUUUGAGAACGAUCGCACAAUCUCCUUCAUUCCUCCGGAUGGAGAGUUUGAGCUGAUGUCCUAUCGCCUCAACACGCAUGUGAAGCCGCUGAUCUGGAUUGAAUCUGUAAUUGAGAAGCAUUCGCACAGCAGAAUCGAGUACAUGAUCAAAGCCAAAUCUCAGUUUAAGCGCCGCUCCACUGCCAACAAUGUGGAGAUUCAUAUUCCUGUCCCGACUGACGCAGACUCGCCCAAGUUUAAGACCACAGUGGGCAGCGUGAAGUGGGUGCCAGAAAACAGCGAGAUUGUUUGGUCCAUCAAGUCUUUCCCUGGAGGUAAGGAGUACCUGAUGAGGGCUCAUUUCGGGCUGCCCAGUGUGGAGGCGGAGGACAAGGAGGGAAAACCACCAAUCAGCGUGAAGUUUGAGAUUCCCUAUUUCACCACUUCUGGAAUACAGGUGCGUUACCUGAAGAUCAUCGAGAAGAGCGGCUAUCAGGCCCUCCCGUGGGUUCGAUACAUCACCCAGAACGGAGACUAUCAGCUGCGGACUCAGUAAACGUGAAGAAUUGGUCCAGAGCAUCAUGGGUCAAGGAUGUGUCUGUCUCUCUCUCUCUCUGCUGUAUGUAAGCUCCAUGCUCAUCUGCAGUUUUCACAACACUUUAGUGCUGAUUUAAAAGAAAUACAGGUCAUGUUUUGGCUAGAUCUUAGAUUUAUGGAUUGGAAUAGAAUCUUUUAUACAGUGUUACUUUGAUUUUCACAAGUACAAAAACCCCAAACAUUAGAAAAUGCAGUUGGAUGAAUCUUUACGAAACUCUCCAGAACAUGUGAAUCAUAUGAAUCUACUUGAUUUUAGAAUCAUUAAGAUAUUUUUGUUAGUAUUGUUACAUUAUUAUAAUGAUAAUUAAUCACAUUCCCUUCAAAUUCUCAUUGAUUCUUUUGAUUUUGUGUUGAAAUAUGAGAGGGUUCGUGAGAUUCACCUAUUUUCACAUAUAAAUGCCUGUAUUUGAAUCAUUUCAGGGUUUUUCCUCAUGCUUUAAUUCAAACUGCAGAUGUGCGUGUUCAGUUCUGGACCGUCAGUGUGUGUUUGACAGUUAACGGGAAUCACGUUCCUUUACGUCUCAUGAAAAACCAAUGGUUUCACGUCACAUCUCAAAGGAGGAAGUGUUCAUACUUGUUACAUUUCAGAAGACGAUGUUUCCAUACUGUAAACGCUUCAUGUUUGCGGUUAUUUAUCAGUUGGAUUCGAGGUCACAGAGAUAGUAUGUUACAGAAGUGUUCAUUUUUUUAUGUUAAUAAGUCCAAAAAGGUCAACUGAAUAGAAUAUUAUAGUCUGUAAAUCCAAAUUAAACCGUUUUACAUGAGGUAAUCCAGUAGCAGUUGUUGGGGACGUCCUCAGAUGUUGUUGCACAUUGACUCUUUUGUUGCUAUUAAUAUUUUUUUUUAUUUUCUUGAUUAUUUUGGUUGUAGUAUUCAUGUAAUUCAGUAUUAUUGGUUACAGGAGUAGCAGCUGCUCUGGGAUCUGUUCACAGUACCUCAUAUGAGUUUACUACACACUGCUAAAAUGCAGAAUUACACUCGAUUAGAACUAUUCAACACAAUCUAAAGUCAACCACUGUGCCAUUUUGAAAAUAGAAGAAUAGUUGUUUUCUUUUGUAUUACUAAUUUGAUAGGUCUUAUUCAUUUCAUUUGCCUUUAAAGGAUUGAAUGUGAAGGUUACCAUGUUUACUAUGGUACUGCAUGCAGUGUAUCUGAAAUGUGACAAUUGCAUUCCUCUCGAAAUGUUCCUGUAACUCAUUUAAAUAAUUCACCUGUCUGUACACGUCAAACAUCAUAAAGUACCUGUUUAGAAAAUA